GUGUCGGUGAAGAUGUUCCUGCGGGGCCGCCCCAUCACCAUGUACGUGCCCCUCGGGGCUGGGCCCGCGCGGGCGGAGCUGCCCCCGGAGCGCCUGCAGCUCGACUGGGUUUACGGGUACCGGGGCCGGGACUCUCGCUCCAACCUGCACGUGCUGGGCUCGGGGGAGCUCGUCUACUUCAUCGCCUGCGUGGUGGUGCUGCUGCAGCUGCCGGCGCGGCGCCAGCGCCACUACCUGCGCCACAGCGACUGCGUCAGGUGCCUGGCCGUGCACCCCGACCGGCUCCGCGUGGCCACGGGACAGGCAGCCGGAGUGGACAAGGAUGGCAAGCCCCUGGCGCCCAUCGUGCACAUCUGGGACUCGGCCACGCUCCAGACGCUGCAGCAGAUCGGCCUCGGCUCCUUCGAGCGCGGCGUGGGCUCGCUGGCCUUCUCCACUGCUGACCAGGGCGCGUUCCUGUGCGUGGUCGAUGACUCCAACGAGCACAUGAUGUCGGUGUGGGACUGCGCCCGCGGCACCAAGCAGGCCGAGGUCAAGAGCACCAACGAGUCCGUGCUGACCGUGGAGUUCAACCCCCGCGACAGCAGCGCCAUCGUCAGCAGCGGCAAAUCGCACGUCUUCUUCUGGACCUGGAGCGGCGGCGCGCUCACCAAGAAACACGGGAUAUUUGGGAAGUACAAGAAGCCCAAGUUCAUCCAGUGCUUCAUCUUCGACGCGGCCGGGGCGCUGCUGACCGGGGACUCGGAGGGGAACAUCCUCACCUGGACCCGCACGCCGGGCAAGGGGGGCAAAGAGAUGUACCAGAUCGGGCAGCAGACGCGGGCCCACGAGGGCAGCGUGUUCGCGCUCUGCCGCCGCCGCGACGGGACCGUGCUGAGCGGGGGAGGGAAGGACCGCAGGCUGCUCAGCUGGAGCCCCAGCCUGGAGCUGCUGCACGAGCUCGAGCUCCCCGAGAGCUUCGGCGCCGUCCGCACCAUCGCGGAGGGUCCCGGCGAGGAGCUGCUGGUGGGGACCACGCGGAACGCGCUGCUCCGGGGCACGCUGGGCUCCGGCUUCACCCCCAUCGUCCAGGGUCACACGGACGAGGUUUGGGGUCUGGCCACCCACCCCAGCUGCUGCCGCUUCCUCACCUGCGGCCACGACCGGCAGCUCUGCCUGUGGGACGGGCGGGAGCACGCGCUGGCCUGGAGCCUGGCGCUGGAGGACACCGGGCUGUGCGCUGACUUCCACCCCGGGGGACACGUGGUGGCCGUGGGGCUGCUGACCGGGCGGUGGCUGGUGCUGGACACGGGCACGCGGCAGCUCCUGGCCGGGGGCUCUGAUGGCAACGAGCAGCUCUCGGUGGUUCGCUUCAGCCCGGACGGGACCUUCCUGGCCAUCGGCUCCCACGACAAUUUCAUUUACAUCUACAGCGUGGCCGAGGGCGGCCGCAAGUUCAGCCGCUUCGGCCGCUGCACGGGUCACUCCAGUUUCAUCACCCACCUGGACUGGUCCAAGGACGGGCGGUUCAUCAUGUCCAACUCGGGGGACUAUGAGAUCCUCUACUGGGACGUGGCCGGGGGCUGCAAACUGCUGCGGAACCGCUUCGAGAGCCGGGACCGGGAGUGGGCCUCCUACACCUGCGUGCUGGGCUUCCACGUCUUCGGGGUGUGGCCGGAUGGCUCCGACGGCACCGACAUCAACUCCCUGUGCCGCUCGCACCACGAGCGCGUGGUGGCCGUGGCCGACGACUUCUGCAAGGUUCACCUGUUCCAGUACCCCUGUGCCCGGCCCAAGGCUCCCAGUCACGUGUACGGCGGGCACGGCAGCCACGUGACCAACGUGCGCUUCACGCACGACGACGGGCACCUGGUGUCGCUGGGCGGGAAGGACACCAGCGUCUUCCAGUGGCGCGUGCUGCCCGGCGGCGACAGCGGCUGAGGCCCCGCGCCUCCUCUUCCUCUUCCUCGCUGCUUCCUCCUCCUCUUCCCUUUUCCCCUUCCUUCCUGGGACCAAAGAGCGGCUCCGGGGUCGGUUAAAGCCUUCCUCCCCGGCCGCGUUUUUUUCGCGCUGCACUGUGAGAGGCGUCAAUAAAAGCCUUGGGGUCAGGGUAGGGCCCCGCCGUUUC